AUGAGAUCAGAUAACCUCUGGACCAGAUCACCAGUCGUGAAAACCGGGAAAUCGGAGUUUCCGGUUACCAGAUUCCUCCGAAGACACUUCGAGAACAUGAAGGACAAAACCGGCGGUCCCGGAAUCGGCGGCGGCAUAGGAUGCGGCGCAGGACUCGGCAUUGGCCUCGCCGGCGGUCUCGGAUUGGUAGCUUCUGAAGGGAUUAACCAUUCGAAUGUGGUGUUUGGCAUCGGAGUCGGUUGCGGUGUCGGGUUCGGGUUUGGGUACGGGUUUGGAGUUGGCGGCGGAUAUAAUUUCGAUGACAUUGGAGAUAAAUUGACCUAUGGGAAAAGCUCCGAUUAG